UGGAUCAGUGUUUCAUAAAAUGAAACCAUUCAGCGAUUCAAAAUUUCUGGAUAUGCGUAAAAGACAACAAGAAGCAGCAGCAGCAAAAAACAGUUUCCGAGACCUCAUGAUUUCCCUUAUAUUAGCUGGAAGUGUCGUGGCUAUAGGAUUCACUGAGUUUGAUGUCAAUGCUUAUUACCUUCAAAAUAAUAUCAGAAACUACCUUGUAAGCGAUGGAUAUGGCCAGUUUGGAUUUUCAGCGGUAAAUGACUCUGAUGGUUUUUAUAAAUGGAUGAACGAUACGUUCAUUCCUGCAUGUUACCCUUUGCAGACAUACAACGAAGUAAACCUGGAUAUUUUAGGAAAACAAAUGUUUGGCGAUUUGGCAAGCAUAAGAGUUGGUCCUGCUCGCGUAAGGCAGGUUCGAAUGCCGAAACGUAUGUGUAUUCCUAGUAUUUUUAUAAUACUAGUACUAUUAUCUUAGUACAAUUUGCAAACAAGGGAAGAUUUAAUAUUGACUAGGUCUUUUUUUCCCGCAAUUUCAAAUUCUUUUAAAUAAC